CUCUAGUUGUGGUAGGCUGAGGCUGCUGUCGUUUCGAUUUGGUGUUUUGAGGUUUGGUUGCUCUGCAGCGUGGUUGCAUUCAUUCACUGAUUCGAAGAGAGAGGAGAGGAGGCACAGGGAGACAAACGGAGGUAACGGGAUUUCAUCGCAGUGGGGCUGCUGCUGGAUACAUUGGAAUCAUUUUUAAACUGUCGUUUUUCACUGAAUAUGCCCUGAAUGAAUGAACGCACUAGACUAUUUCAAAAGCGAUGAUGGAGAGACUGGACGUAUCAUCAUUGCAUUAGCUUCAGUGCAAGGUUAACAUACCAAGCACAGCACUGAGUGCUACAGCCUGUAUGAUAUUAAUUUUUAAUUUGCAUUUGUUUUUCAAUGCUUUGGAAAUAUGUUUCAGCAACGAUAUCGUAUUGUAUGCCAUCCGUUGAAUGCAUUUGAAAAACAGACUAUUACAACACCAGAAACUACAACUACAAAUGAAAUUGGAAAAUAGCAUGGUUUGCUUUGCACAAAAUACAGGACAGCACAGCAAGUGGAAGGCAUACUCCUCGGCACUCAGCAUUAUCUCGUGCAAUAUUUAUUUUUGUUAUCGUGUGGGUGGCAUGGGAUUUGGUGAAACUAUCGGAUGUCCAGUCUUUGAAAACCACUGGUACGGCGUACACUGUCCAUCGUCUGUUCUAGCUAAGCCAACAAAACAAGCCACGCAUCCUCAGUCUUACUGAGCAUCGUGAUGUCAGUUAAUAACAUAUUAUCAUGCCGGUGAUGUAAACAUUCGCCUUUUUGUACCGCGUUUCACAAACGACAGUGAAGACUGCAAGACCGAGUUGGUUGGUACUAUUUAAAAAAUAUAUAUAUAUAUAUUGACAAAGAUGUGUUUUUAUUUUUUUUAAACUAACUGCUAUUAUUGUCCAAAGUUGGAAUGGAAUGUUGAUGAAAUCCCAAACAAUCGAUGUACGUCGUAUCGUCAAAACCUUGACAUUACUAUGGGUAUAAUAUACUUACCGUUUAUUAUAGCUAGGAAUUGACCGCAUUAAGUGAGUUAUUUAUUGACUUGUGCAAGUAGCAAAUAAAUAAACAAAUAAAUAAAAGCUUUCUGGGUUAAACUGGAGUUUUUUUUUUAAAAACAUAUGAAUGAGUUGCCAUGGUUUUAGAAGCCGAGUUGAAAUACCGAUUUGUCCUGAGCUUGAAGAGAGCGAACCAGCUCGUAAAAAAAAACAGCAUAACUAUAAGUGACACUAGACAUAUGUCAGUAUUUGUGAUAUUAUUGUACUAUAGUCUGUAAUCAGAUAGGAUAGAGUACAGACUAGAAGGCAACAGAGUUGGAAAUGUAACUCUAAGAACACUUUUUGAAAAUCAUCUUUCCUUUUCCUCCGGUGUAAUUAGUACAACUGAGACUGUGUUGAGUUUUGUUGCCACAGUGACUGGGGAAUUAAAAUCAAUUGACCGUCUUCUUCUUGCAAAACAAGACGUCAAGGGUCUGGACAGCCUUUGGUGUUGAUCUGCAAUGCUCAGCAGCUGUUUCAAUUAAUCGUGUCCAUGAAUUAAGCCAGUGUUAUAUGCCGUGGACGAGGAAGAGUUACAUUUCAGAAGAUUAACACUGGACUAUUUUUUUAUUAUUAUUAUUCGAUUUUAUACCCAAACUAUUUACACCUGUGUGUGUGAGUGAGAUACUAGAAGAGAGGCGCGCCGUAAAUAGUUUUGGUAAAAAUUGACCAUAUGCCUUUUCUCUUUUAUUUGUUAAGGGCAGCGACUCAUUGAAUGAACUUGCAAAAAGAUUAGUGACACUUUUUAAUAACAGUUGGAAAAACUCCAACUGAUCUUUUAAGAGCUGCGGUUCACAGCAGCGGAACGGUGGUUUGGUGGAACUUUAAAUAUUGUACGUAGUUGUUGACUGUCCCGUUACCGAAUUCUCACGUGGUUUGCUUGUCGGUGAUGAUCCCGCAAGAAUGCUGCGCCUGCCGGUGAAAAAGAUUCGGAAACAGUUCAAACUUCUUCUGUUACUGGUGCUGCUCACCUUUGCUGUGUGGUUCACUUACCUGCACAUCAGCCUGGUACGGCAAGGGAAAGCAAUCAAGCUUCACUUCAACUAUGGUAAAGAUGGCGAGAAGCCGAACGAAGGGACUGAUGGUGGUCGGAACAGAGACUCUCGCGCAACGUCCAAUCACAGGAAGCCUGGCGACUCGCGUGAAAGCAGAGAGGACGAGCAUGGGGUGGACGGACCAAACAAGUUUGGAGGACGAAAUGGAGAUGACAGUAGAGAUUCCAUAGAAACAAACAAGUUCCUCAGCCUGAAACAGAACACGUUGCAAUGGACACCAGAGUAUAAAGGGCAGGCUAAUCUCCAUGUGUUUGAAGACUGGUGUGGGUCAUCCGUCAAUCAGCUGCGAAAGAACCUUCACUUCCCUCUCUAUCCACAUACCAGGACUGUAGUUAAGAAACUUGCAGUGGCCCCAAAAUGGAAAAACUAUGGACUGCGAAUAUUUGGAUACAUUCACCCUUACAGAGAUGGUGAUUUCCAGUUUGCAGUCUCCUCCGAUGAUAACUCAGAGUUUUGGCUGAGCUCUGAUGAGAACCCAAUCAAUGCCAGGCUGCUGGUGUACGUUGGAAAGCUGGGCUCUGAGUGGACGGCUCCAGGAGAGUUCACCAAGUUUCGAUCUCAAGUUUCCAAGUCUGUCCACCUCAUUUUUUCAAGACGCUACUACUUUGAAGUUCUUCACAAACAGGACGACAAGGGCUCUGACCACAUUGAGGUUGGGUGGCGUCCUUUUCUCCCAGGACUGAAGUUUGAAGUUAUUGAUUCCCCCUACAUCUCACUUUAUACAGACGAGGCCUCUUUGAAGAUGAACAGCGUGGAUCACAUCCCACAGACCCACGCAAGCCACGCCGGGCCACGACAUGGGGCGUCACAAACUGGGCAGCACGGAGCCGACAUGCUGAAACCAGAUGCCAGGGACACCUUCUUCCUCACUCCAAUGAUAGAGCCGUCUCGUCUGGAGAAUGUGUUGCCAACUUGCCUGUACUCUCCCACCUAUGUUGUGAAGGAUUUCCCCAUCGCUCGCUACCAGGGCCUGCAGUUUGUUUACCUGUCAUUUGUGUAUCCCAAUGACUUCACCAGACUGACCCACAUGGAAACAGAGAACAAGUGUUUCUACAGAGAGUCUCCCAUCUACCUGGAAAAGUUUGGCUUCUACAAAUACAUGAAGAUGGAUGAGGAAGAGGAUGACAGGCCUUUCUUCUUUCCAAAUCCAGAAGAUUUCCCUGAUGAGGAGGAAGGAGUGGACCCUGAAGAUGAAUCUUUACCUACAGAGAGCCAUCCAAUCAGAAACAAGACCAACGCCAGCCUGUCCGACCCACGCUUGACUUCCAGGGUUAAAGGGAAGCCCGACCCUCCCACUGCCAUCGACUAUGGGGAUGACGUUGACGACUACGCGUUCAGACGCAGGCAGAAGGUGUUCCGGGCUGAGGAAACGCAGGACAAAGAGAACCAGAGAAGUAACACCAAAGACCCCACUGCAGCAACCGAUCUCCACGGCAACCAGGAAGUGGUGGACUUCAACGAGCCCAUCAUCAUCCGGGGGAAAUCCCUUUCCUGGAUCCGGACUGGCCCGGAGGAGCUGAGCAAAAAGGGGGGCGACGAAUCAGUGAUGCCGAAACACAGCAUGCCCAGCCUCUUCCUGACUAGCAGGGCCAAGCAGAUCGUGAGCAACACGGCCCAUGCUGUCGCAGACACCAACAACAACAACAAGGACCACAAGAAAAACCAGAACAAAACCUAUAUCACCAGGCCCCGGCCAAACAGGAAGACCACGUUACCCAGGCAACCCAGAGAGGUCUUCCCAGGUGUUUUCUUGUACCAGAAUGGCAAAACCACCAAGCUUGUGAACCUCAACACCAAGCUCAAUGGCAAAGGUCUCGUAAGUGCUUCCCAGUUGAGGACCCUUUUCAAGGACAGCCAUGCACCAUGGCUGGGCAGCAACAUCACCAAGGAGGCUGUUCAGGGACGGAAGGCUUCUGCAAGGAAAUGGGUCUCUUUGCACAAGAAAGAGGUGGGCAAGGAAAGAGGUGGGCAAGGAAAAACUGCCACUCCAGCACCCUCUAGUGCCAUCAAGGCGGUUCCGCCACCCACCACCUUGACAGUAAAAAAACCAGAGACAGACUUGAAUUCCUCAGAGAACGCCGUGCCCUUGGAGGCCAGGGUGACGUCCUACAUGAAAACCUCAGAGACCACAGAGACGCAGCUAUUGGAGGCAGAGCCAGUGGACGAGGCCGAGGAGGGAGGGCUGUCUGACUACAGCUACGAGGACUCGAACCCUCGGCCAGGCUGGGCUGAGGAGUCCAUUAACUGGCAGCGCACCUUUACUGUGAACACCAUGGACUUUGAGCUGCUGCGUUCCGACUGGAAUGACCUGCGCUGCAACGUGUCGGGAAACCUGCAGCUCAGCGAGGCCGAGGUGGUGGAUGUGCUGGCGCAGUACAUGGAGAAACUCAACGAGAGGAAUGGAGGGAUUUACACUCUGCUGCGGAUCAUCAACAUGGAGAAGCGACGGGACUCUGCGCGGGGAAACCGCUACCUCAUCGAGCUGGAGCUGAUGGAGCGGGGGAGGAGGGUGGUGCGGCUCUCCCAGUACAUCUACUUGCUCUUGCACCGCAGCCGUCAUGAAGACAGCUUGGAGAACAGCGAGGGCACCCCCCCUUCCACCACCAGCACACUCCCACACACCCCACCCCAGUGGGGCACCUCCUACAGCAAGCCCCUGCUGUGCCAGCCCCUCCGCCUGCAGUGGAGACACAACGUCAUGGUGCACUUUGUGGUGCCAGUAAAGAACCAAGCUCGCUGGGUCCAGCAGUUCAUCACUGACAUGGAGUUCCUGCACCAGGAAACCAAGGACGACAACUUCAGUGUCAUCAUCGUGGACUACGACAGCGAGGACAUGAACGUAGAGAAGGCACUGAGGGACAGCAAGCUGCCCAGGUAUCACUACAUGAGGCGUGAAGGGAACUUUGAGCGCUCUGCUGGGCUGCAGGCUGGAGUCGACUCUGUUGAGGACAGUCACAGCAUUGUGUUCCUGUGUGACCUGCACAUCCACUUCCCUCUCAACAUCGUGGAGAGUGUCCGGAAGCACUGCGUGGAGGGGAGGCUGGCCUACGCCCCCAUCGUCAUGAGGCUGGCCUGUGGAAGCUCUCCUCAGGAGCCCAACGGGUAUUGGGAGGUAAACGGUUUUGGCUUGUUUGGCAUUUACAAGUCCGACUUCGACAAGAUCGGAGGGAUGAACACAGAGGAAUUCCGGGAUCGAUGGGGAGGCGAGGACUGGGAAUUACUGGACAGAGUUCUUCAGAAUGGUUUGGAGGUGGAACGAUUACGACUUAGGAACUUUUUCCAUUACUAUCACUCUAAACGAGGCAUGUGGAAUUCGAAGAAACCCCCCAAAGGAUAGCAGAAGGGUGCUAUUGACUGAGAAAAAAAACAAAAGCCUGCUAAGCGCGUGCUGCAAAGGCAUUCUUGAAGGACUACCAAGUCACUUAAAGGACCCCUUUAUCGAGACAAAAAAAGGGAGAGUGCAGCCAUCUUGUUCAGUGUCCAGAAAGACUUAAUGAAUCUGUCGUAGCUGCUUUAAGUAAUUUAUCAAGUACUCAAGGAAGUGUGUUUUUUUUUUUAGGAGAAUUUAAAAAAGGGAGAGUUUUGUUGUAUUUGUCAAUAGGGAUAACAGCUCUUGUUAUAACAAAACAAUGUCUGCACUGUUUAUAAACUAGUUAUUAGGUUGAUAUGACAUGUUGACAGUUUUAUUGCUGGUAGUCCAGUGAAAGCAAUGUGUAUUUGAAUGGAUGUCUGGGAUAAACAGGUCAGACCCACAGAUUUCUAUAUAUGAGGAUUUCAGACUUUCUAAUUACUUUCCAAGUAUGUAUUGUUAGUACCAAUAUAGAAGCUCCCAUACAUAAUACUACUAUGUAAAAGUGAGCAUGUGGUGAAUUUCAUAUGGACGCAUAGAAAUAUAUUUGGAAAGGGAAAUACCUAACACAGAUUUGAAGCCCGCUAAUUGUGUUUGGAUUCUAGAAGUUUAUUUAAUCCAGACACUAAAAAUAUGCUCCUUGAAUUUAUUUCACAGUAUGUGACUUUUUUCAUGUCAGCCAAAGCAUUGCUUGAGAUGGUUAAUGGGAGCUAACGUUCAUAAUAUGAAAGGAAAUUUAAAAAUACACACAAAAACCGUAGAAUGUUCCUCUGCAAAAAUCAACUUUAACUUUAAUGAAACACCUUUGAAAAUGGGAGAACUUCAAAAUGAGUUGCUACAGGCUCCAGAUGAGAAGCUUCCAUUACAGUACUUUUUAUUUGAAAGGUUUUUUUAGUCAAUCAGUGCUGUAUGUCUCAAAAAAAACAACAAAAAAAGCUUUUUUUAAAUGAAAUGUGGAAAACUAUGACGUGACUGUGUACAGUUGUAGAACAGUUUAUAUAAAAUUGGAUUUACACACAGAAUAUUAAGUUUACACCAUGAGAAAACACUUGACCUGACAGAUAUGUUUGUUCUUUUUGUGUUCUUUGUGGGGCUGGGACCUGGAAAUAUUGAUGUGUCACAAGGAGGGAGCAGCUACUCCCGUCUGGACUCCUGUUUCCAUUCCUACCGAGAUUCGCAUAUUUAUAUCUGGGUGAUUCUACUGAGAUGUAACAGUUAGGUGUCCUGUUUCUAUUUUAAAGGGUCGGGUUGUUCUUUUUCAAUUAGAUAAGCUGGAACUGUACUUUCCGACACAAGACAAAACUAUAUUCCCUUCAAUGGGCAGGACAAAGGCUUUUCCUUUGUUAAUUACAAAAUGCAUCCUUAUAUUUAGCUCUCUACUAAGAACAUUCAUAUUUGAGGAUACAUUCUACUUUGUAUGGAACCAAUAUUGCUCUCUCUACUAUGUCUUCAAAUACACUGAUUAAAAAAAACCAAAACAACAGUAAACAUUAUACAAAUGACAGGAUGUGUUUAACACUCUAAUUUUAUCCAGGGGAUCAAUGGAAACUUUGCUUUUUCUCCAUCAGAUCUCCUUGAUUGCCUGCCAGCUGUUAUUCUCCAUUCCUCUCUCACCAAUUACCACCUCUUAAUUCCUUCUGCAGAAGUAGGAAAUCAGCGAGAGAGCUCAUAAAGUUAUUUGAUUCUUAAUUUCUUGGAUACAGCUCCUUUUAAAACAGUAGUAAUCUGUGCGGUCUUGGUUGCAGAAACACUGCCAGUUAAGUCUUUGACUGAUACAGACUUUAAACAGGGAGAUGCAGCUGUUAUAUACUGCAGAAUACAUGUCAGGGAUACCAUGUGCAUUACAAGUCAAUCAGCCAUUGCAGGGACAGCCCAUUUACACAGACGUUUCCGACAAGUUUUCAUACAGACUGCAUGUGUAUGUAUUUAUAUAGGAAAGAGGUAAAUAACCCUGAGCUUGUUCACCUACUCCCCUCCUGCUCCUCCUCUAGAACAGGCCUUUGAACAGGACUCCCCAAGGGCUGAAUCUUAUCAGCAGAGAUCUCAAGACAGCCGUAGCCACCCCCAGCACUGAGAUGUCAGUGGUUUGUCCCAGCCCCGUCUCAUUUGCUGGACCCUGCCUUACAGAAAGCCAGGGAUAUACAUUCCAAGAAUGAUUUCUGUGAAAUUAUUUUGUAGAAUGAGUUUUCAGAAUGUACUGUAUUAUGUUGUUUUUUUUUCUUUGUUUUUUUUUUAAAAUAAAACUUUAAGCAAAAAGCCUGAUUUGGUUUGC